CUUCAUUCCAAAUCCCACACAAUAUCCAAAUGGUAUCCCUUCGCCAACGAAAGCCUCAACGCCAGUACUCUGACAUUGCUCCUGGACUUCAUGAUCUGUCUGAUGAAGAAAAUUCGGGCCAAGGAAGCAGUUCAAGACCUCCAAAAGAUGACGACGAUAUCAGUAUAUCCUCGGGAGAAAGCAGUGAAUUUAAGCCGGGUAGUCCCGAGAAGCAAGCAGCAAAAGGCGCUGCUAUAGAUGACGAUGAAGAAAUGGAGGACGAUGAGCCACUACGGUCAAUACACGAUACGCAUACGUCUCCCGCAAAGCGACCUAUCAAGAAAGCUCGUAGCCAAUCUAAAGGCAAAGGCAAGGCCAUCGCCCCUUCUUCAGUCUCUGUAACACCUACUGUGCGAUCUAGCCCUGUACCGAAGCCAUCUGAAGGGAACCCUCUCUCACAUAUUCCUCUCGAAUAUCUUCGAUUGCUUGGACAAUCUGCAAAAAGUAUCGUUAAGCCUCCGGAACCUGCCCCGGACGCUCAACGUCAGGCGUUUGAGACUUGGCUCAAGAAGAAGAAGGGUAAUUCCAGAGAGGAAUCUAUCCUUGAUUCUCCAUUACCGUUUUUCACCCGCUUGCUCAAAGAUCCUCAGAAUGGGUCUGUUCGUCCCAAGGUCGAAUGGUCUCCAAAGGUUGAAUCCUCGUUGACCGCCAAGCAGGAAAAGAAGGAGAAGCGGAAUCAGCUGAACAAUAUCGCUCUGGGGGUACCGUGGGAUUUAUGGCGAGGAGAAGGCUGGUGGCCGGAGAUGUACAUUGGGCCAGAAGGAGGCGGUGACGGGAAAAGGACUGAGUGGCUGAUGAGAGAGGAUGUGAGAUUAGGCCUGGAAAAUAUCGGUCGGUUCAAGAAAAGUGAAUUGGUUUUCCUUGCACAAGGAGACGCAAAGCCGUACCUUCCAAAACCUCCUGGUAAAAACGGUGAACCUUUCAUCACUUGCCUAUUUGGUCCAUAUGAAAAAGAGACGCCCACCAAAUUGUCCAUUUUUGAUUCUAAAUCACUCUCCGAGACCAAUCCAAUAGUACCCAGGCCUGGAUUUACUUUUUAUGCAGGUGGCCCAAUCUGGGGUCUUGACUGGUGUCCUAUCCCUCGGUCCAAAUCAGCAGAAUUUGAAAACACCCAGUACCUCGCCGUGUCUACCCUUUCCCAUCUAUCAGAUCAACCGAAAAUGUUUGACAAAUGUCCGCCGGAGACCAAAGGUUCCAUCCAAAUCUGGUCACUCUUGCCUCCCAGACAGUCAGCCCAAGAGGAUAAGGACCAGGACCAGGACCAGGAUGAAGAGGACGUGGCUAUGGGGGGUGAGAAAGGCGGUGGUAUGGCUUGCGAGCUGGUAUUGUGCGUAAAAGGCGGGAACGCGAUGCAAAUACGGUGGAUGCCUCUUGGUGUAUGGGAUGAGUUUGACGUUUGCAAGAUGAGAGAUGAAGAAAUAGAGAUUCCUAAACUGGGUAUCAUCGCUGCAGUGCAGCUGGACGGCAGCGUCUCAUUCUAUCCCGUCCCCCAUCCCAAAUUCCUCGUGUCUGAACAAUCGAUCGCAGGACAACCUGUCUACCUCCAUCUCCAAAAACCACUUGUUCGUCUUACCAUCCCUGAUGCCAACUGUACCACGUUUGACUGGUUGAGCGGAUCACGUCUCGCUGUGGGAUUAGAUACCGGCCACGUCGUUGUAUGGGACAUUUACAACUCUCUCCUCCAUCCCUCCUCUGAACCUCCUCUUCCAGUCAUCUACACCCCCGUCGCCAUGUCCUGCAUCCGCUCUCUCUCCGUCCUCCGGCUACCGCCUACUCCACACCACCUCGGAUCGGACGCGGUGUACGUGGUGACGGGUGCGUAUGAUGGAUCUACCAAGAUUCUGGAUGUUCGGGACCCUUUGGUGCCUAUCCCGCUUGAUCGUCAACGAUUACCGAUCAUGUCCACCGCAUGGUCUACUUAUUUCCCGGGACCCAUCGUGGGCGAUAACCAAUACACUGCGCAAGUCGUACGGGUCGCGGACCGGAAAGGACGUUCACGGGGGUUUGUCAUUUCCGGGCAUCGGGGUGUCAUCUGGGAUAUCGGAACAUCGGAUUAUCAUACGAUGGUCGUGACCGCCGGCGCUGAUGGCGCUCUCAUCAUGGUCAACCAUGCGGAUGGGGUACUGAGAAGUACAGGCGCACGGACAAUCACCCUCGACCGCUUGUACGAAAUCGACUACAACACGCUUACCGAUACAUACCGCCUCUCGGACGAUUUCUUACCCGAAUCUCAGCCGCUUGAUAUCGUGCAGUAUGGUAAACCGGCGCGUGGCGCGGGAGAGGGAGAGGCGGGGGAAGACGCAAACAAGGCGUAUUCAAAGAUCGGGGCGUGGUCGCCCGAGGUGGGUAUUCACCGCUGUGUGUGGAACAAUGCGGGCGGGUUGGGACAAGCGGGGUGGGUGGCGAGUGGAGGUGCGAGUGGGGUCGGGAGGGUUGAGUGGGUGGAGGGUGUGUGGAGGGAUGUGGUGGGAGGAAGAGCGAAAAGUGAAAAAGAGAGUUAGUUACAAUGUUGUACAACAAUGGGAAUCAUCAGAAAUGUGAGGUCGUCAAGCAUGGUU